UUCUUCCCCAAUCGCUCAGCAGCCGGGGAGAGGCGAAGGGCAAAGGAACAGCAAUCAUGGAGCAGUUGUAGGGGAUAAUGGACAAGCCUCUCCUUCCGGAAGAAAGCAAAGAAACUAAAGCUACUCGACCGAAAACGUAAUUCCCAAAGCGUCAACGAGAAACACAAGAGUAUCAAUCAUGCAGUUCAAAUACAGAAUAAUCGAAUAAUCUAUUCCAACGAAAGGGUUCUCUGUGAUCCUUCAAGGUUGGAACCGCUUCAAGCCGUCCCGUCCCCACAUUGUACGUCGCUGGCGCAUCGGCCGCGGUUGAUCGAUCACCAUCGUCCAUAGUAUGUCCGUGGAGGACCAGCACUAUUCCGACGCGAUGCGGGUGCUAGAGGCCGGACCGGAGUGGCUACGAGCCGAGAUCGAGCGCCUUUCCCGGGAGCUGAGUGAGACUACCCAUGAGAAGAUCCAGGCGGCAGAGUACGGGCUGGCGGUGCUGGAGGAGAAGCAGCAGCUGAAACAGCAGUAUGACGACCUGGAGAUCGAAUACGAGACCGUGCGCCAGGAACUGGACAUGCUCAAAGAGGCGUUUGGACAAGUCUACUCCAACCAUAAAAAGGUGGCUGCCGACGGGGAGAGCAGGGAGGAGUCUCUGAUCCAGGAGGCGGUGUGUAAGGAGGCCUAUUACGAGCAGCGGGUCCUGGAGCUGCAGACGGAGCUCCGCCAGGCCCGUAAUGUCCUCACCAACACCCAGUCAGAGAACGAACGCCUGGCCUCCAUCACCCAGGAGAUGAGAGAGAACAUCCAGGUGGUGGAGCUGCAGCGGUCCCGCCUGCGUGAUGACAUCAAAGAGUAUAAGUUCCGGGAGGCACGUCUGCUGCAGGACUACACAGAGCUGGAGGAGGAGAACAUCUCCUUUCAGAAACAGGUUUCCGGGCUCAAACAGACCCAGGUGGAGUUUGAGGGUCUGAAGCACGAGAUUCGUCGUCUGGAGGAAGACACCCAGUUCCUGAACAGCCAAUUGGAGGACGCCAUCCGCCUGAAGGAGAUCGCCGAGCGACAGCUAGGGGAAGCCCUGGAGACCAUCAAGACUGAGUGCGAGCAGAAGGCCGCCCUAAGGAAAGAGCUCUCCCACUACAUGAGCAUAGGCGACUCUAUGUACCACAGCCCGCUCAGCAUCUCUCUGGAUGGGCUCAAGUUCAGCGAUGACGCAGCCACGGAACCCAACAACGACGAGGCUCUCCAUGGUUACGAGAAUGGCUUCAGCAAGCUUGCCAACGCCAUCACUGAGGACAACCGUGCGUCCACGCCCAAGAAGGGUGACCUGUUCCGCCCCGUCCCCAGCCUGGUAGACGACCUGCUGAGUGAACUCAACAUCUCUGAGAUCCAGAAACUCAAACAGCAGCUGCUGCAGAUGGAGCGUGAGAAGGUGUCUCUGGUGUCCACGCUGCAGGACUCCCAGAAGCAGUUGGAGCAGGCCCACGGGGCCCUGGAGGAGCACCAGGACAAGGUCAGCCGUCUCACCGAGAACCUCAACGCCAUCCGGAGGCUACAGGCCAGCAAGGAGCGCCAGUCAGCCCUGGACAAUGAGAAGGAGCGCGACAGCAACGAGGACGGGGACUACUACGAGGUGGACAUCAACGGACCCGAGAUCCUGGAAUGCAAGUACAAGGUUGCGGUGUCGGAGGCAGGUGAGCUAAAGGAGGAGCUGAAAACCCUGAAGGCAGAGUACCACUCCUGUCAGUCACACUAUGAGGAGGAGCGAGGCCGUCUGGAGACUCAUGUCACAGCCCUUGGAGAGAAGCUGGCCUCUCUGGAGAAGACCAGCCACGUGGAGAGAGAGGAGAAGGCCAGGCUGGAGAAGGCGCUGCGCAAGGUGAGUGACGUGGCGGGCGAGUCCCAGGGCAGCCUGAGCGUAGCGCAGGACGAGCUGGUCACCUUCAGCGAGGAGCUGGCCACACUCUACAACCACGUGUGCAUGUGCAACAACCAGACUCCCAACCGCGUCAUGCUCGACUUCUACAAGCAGGGCAAGGGCGGGCGCACCAGCCCUGAGGGUCGCGGCCGCCGCUCCCCCAUACUGCUCACUAAGGGCCUGUUCCCCGUCCCCGAAGCUGCCGACAGCACCCUGUCCCCUGUCUCCUCUCCCCCCUCGCCCCGAGAACCAAUGAACGUGUACAACCUGGUGGCCAUCAUCCGGGACCAGAUCAAGCACCUCCAGCUGGCGGUGGACCGCACCACAGAGCUGUCCCGUCAGAGGAUGGCCUCUCUGGAGCUAGGCACAGUGGCUGAUAAGGACAAGGAGGCCUGCAUGGGGGAAAUCCUCAAACUCAAGUCCCUCCUCAGCACCAAGAGGGAGCAGAUCGCCACCCUGAGGACCGUGCUCAAAGCCAACAAACAGACUGCUGAGGUGGCGCUGGCCAACCUGAAGAGUAAGUAUGAGAAUGAGAAGGCCAUGGUGACGGAAACCAUGAUGAAGCUGAGGAACGAACUCAAGGCCCUGAAGGAGGACGCCGCCACCUUCUCCUCACUCAGGGCCAUGUUUGCCACGCGCUGUGAUGAGUAUGUGACUCAGCUGGAUGAGAUGCAGAGACAGCUGUCUGCGGCAGAGGAUGAGAAGAAGACCCUGAACUCCCUGCUCCGUAUGGCCAUCCAGCAGAAGCUGGCCCUGACCCAGCGCCUGGAGGACCUGGAGUUUGACACCGAGCAGACCCGCCGCGGAGGCAAACCAAAAGCCAAAACCACUAACGGCAGAACCACUAACGGGCAGACCAACGCCGCCAACAACCCACGCAUUAGUCACGGCCUCACCUGUGCCGGGAUCGGCCUCCCCAACGAGCUCAACGCCAUGCCCAACUGCAUCCGUGGAGGCCCUGUGGUCUUCUGCAGCGAGAAGUACAAGAUCUACUGUGACUGAAGCGGCUGCGUUGUCAGCACGGGACUGCUGUGUACAGAGGGGAGGAGCCCGAGGCUCUCCCCUGCAUUAAUGUUAAAGAGCCCCACUAUGCUCGCUUAGCUCCCUGCCUGCCCAGCCUGUAGCCUCAUAGGGCCUGGUGUGUGUCUAACCUACAGUACAUAAGUAUGCCCAUGGCCACGUAUGGCCACUCACAUCUGCUAGUGUAAACGUUUAGGGGAAUGCAGAUGUGCAUGUACAGUACAGUGUCCACUAGAAGUUUGGGACUGUUGUAGACAUAAUGUAUGGCAUGUGGAUAGGGUCUCAACCGGCUGCCGGUAGGCUUCUGUGGAUAUUAUGGGGUGCUGCACUUAUGAUGAUGUUAAAGGUGGCAGCAUUUGUGCUUAGUGUGUUCUGAACCCCCUGAGUGUGUUGCCUGGUAACUGUAAUGCACUUAGGGGGUGGGGACUUGGGAAGAGGGUGUCACUUUAAGGGGUCAUGUGACUGAAGCUGACAUCCUCUCCUCGCUCGUCUGUAGGCGUUGGUGCUCCUUCGAUAAAGCCUCCCAUCCUCCUCUCUCCUGGCCCCCCAGGACUGAGCCAGCCCAGCAACCCGCUGACCAAUCAGGUCACUCUUUAAUGUUUACAUAAACAAAUGAAACAAAACAAUAUGCAAACUCCCCAUGCUGUUGCUUAGGGGAGUCCAGUGUGAUUUGCUGGGUUUUCUAACUGAAUUUCAAAACUCUCAAAGCGGGUUGGCUGAUGAUUAGUGAUGUCGGAGGUGGGUGGUAAAGGAGCACCUAAGACCACAGGUGUUUAAUUUCAGGAUUCAUUCAGAUAAAUCGCAUGGCAUUGCAGCUGAGAAUGCUACUGAGCUUUUAACUGUUUUUCUAUGUAAAAAGGUGUGUGGCACAGCACAAGCUAUGUACUACAGGGCUCUACAUUUUAACCAGAGCAGUUAUUUAACAUCUGCUGAAAGAAAUGGAGGGCUAUUCCAUGUGACCCAGUAUAUGUCAUAUUGGUGUUCUUUCAGAGCCAUAUUACUAGAGAACGAAAGCAAGACGAAACGAUCUCUACACCUAAAUUAAGUGCACUUCAGAAUAGGUGCCUCAGGUUCUAACUUCUAUUAGAAAAGGAUAAAAUAACUGUGAACAGAUACAAUAUAGUUUUGAUUGAUGGGGAUUUUUGUAACAUCAGUAAAGAUCCUAAAAGAGCACAAAAAUCAAUGGCACCCAGAUCCGGAUCAUAAUUCUGCAAACAAAACCGACAACCUUCAGCAAAGUGCCUGUCGACCCAAGCCCUUGAUAUCAACUAUAUCUAUCUAUCAAUGUAAAGCCCCGUCUUUGUGUCUAUCACCCUAAUGCUCAUCUCUCCCACUAUCUCCUUUCCCUCUCUUUUUGGAGGCCCUUUUGAGCUCUCAAAUGAACUAUGUGUGGUUAUGUGGCUGAAAACCCUGUCCUCCUCCUCAUGACUCUAACCUGUGUCUCGUCACUUGGUUGUCAUGACAACCCCUCUCUCUCUCUUUUAGAUUGUCAGCAGCUAGCUCGCCCUGAAACUCCACUCUCCCUUUAAGUAGAGAGGGGGAUUUGUGGGGGGAAAAACUCUGAAUAUCAUCAGGUAACGUCCUCACGCUUAUGCGUGUUCUGAACCCUGCGUGUGUCUGUGUGUAUGAGUGUGUGUCUGUUUGUGUGUGUGUCUGUGUGAGUGAGAGUGAUCUCAGCUCCGGCACUGUGUGUGUAUGUUGUUUUCUGAAAAUAUUAUAAAUGGAGGGUCUUUCAUUUCUGAGAUGCUGUUUGUAUGCAAGAGGACAAACCAAUAUACUGUCUUCAUUAUCCCCAAAAAAGCUUUAAACCUUGCAAGCUUGUGCCAGGCAGAUAAAAAAAAAUGAAUGUGGGGCUUGUGUUAGAUAAAUCCAUGUUUUACAUAACCACACAUUGUUAGCUUUAUGAUGCUAAAAGCAGGGUUGAUGCCAGGAAAUCCUAGAAGAUUCAUCAAAUUAUGCUUUUUCUACCAGUAACAUAUAAAAAACUAUAUAUUCUUAAUGAUAUGAUCGUAAUCAGGUUAGAAUCUUCUAGGAUCGUCCUAGGCCCCCUCUCUCUGGAAUAGAGAGGGAGAGCUGUCGUUCCUCAGAACGAGGGACAUCCCCAACCCUGCUUGAGUUGAGUAUGUGCUGUGCUGCCCUACGAGGCCUUUAGACACAACACAGUAUGGAGACUGUGUUCACAUCAUUCAAACACCUCCACUGAGUGAAAAUCACUCUUCGGUUAUUGUUCCACUUAAGUGACAGCGAUAGAUUCACUCUUUGUUUAUAUCAGUUUGCGCUGAGUGUAGAGACUAGGAGAGAACAGAGGACUAAUAAUAGUGUUUAAACGAUGCUGAUCAUGAAUUUGAUACUGUGUUUGGAGACAUGGGUUCCAGGGUUAUUUGAGGUGUUCUAAACCCUUGGUGAUAAAAAAAAUGAUACAUGUUUUUGUUUAACUACUUUGUCUCUAACUGUGGAAUCUUACCAGUGGACAUCGAUUCAAAUUAGUUGACCCUCUAUCCCCCUUUCCUUGUUUCGGCUCUAAGGAUUCACUGAGCAAUAGAUAGAUUUAAUAAUCCAGGAUGUGAUUGUGGCUAGAGAGACCCCCCCCCCCGGUUCUCUUGGUCUAGUUUGAGAUCAAUGUCCGUUUAUCUGGUGUCAUCAAUAGAAUGCCACCAGAAUAAACUCCUCCUACCUCUGUCUGCAGGCUCUGCCCUCAUCAAUGUUGAGUUCUCUCACACGAUCUUAAUUAGAUUUUUGAUUGGUUGAGAGCCUGCAUGCAACAAAUAAAAAACAUGCCCGUUCUCAUUAACCUGCAUGCCAUUUGGGAAAAGCCCUCCUAUGACUGACCUGGUUCUGGGCUAUGGUUUAUACUCUGGGGGGGGUCUGUGUUUUGGAGGUGUCAAAGGUCAUAGUACUUGUGAGGUCAUCGGCUUCUCGCACUUGCUGGUCUUCCUCAGGCAAUAGUGCUUUUAUAUCAGCUCCUCUAGAACAUAUUGACAUGAUGUUGAUAUGACAGAGUCUGCUUCAAAACAACUAACCCAGUUUGCACCUACCUGUAGUUAGUAGGAACUAUAACUAACUGGGGCUUCGGGCGUUCAUCUUUUUACUCUUUCUUAUUUCGUGUUUUUGAUUGGACUCGCAUCAUUACUGACCAAGUCUAAAUUGACCAAUAAUGCACAUUUUUCUGAUUUCUAUGUUUCUUCAUUUUGUAUUAAUUUAAUUCUGCCUGGAUGAGGAUCCUCAAACUCAGGAUCCUCUAACACUGCCGACGUCACAUUCAGUGUUCCUGAAAACAGCUAGCCCUAAAAGCCAAAAUUGUAAAACCUGACCAAACAAAAUCUCUUAUAUGAAUAUGAAAUAUUCCUCCAAGUUGCCCUUUAACUUACUAUAUAGCAUGAUCUAUAUGUCCUCUAUGGCCUCUAUAACCUAUAUGACCUCUAACCUCUAUGUCCUAUGUGUGGGAAUGAAAAGGUAUUUCACAUUUCCCAGUGCUGCUGCCGGAAGACGAUGCUCACAAGUACAGUGAACUCUGCCCUCCUAGUAAAAUGAUGAUCAGAGUUUGUGAUUAUUUGAGUUAUCCCUCCCAUGAGAAGCCAGGGGAGUCGGGGUCUUUCCUCAAUGUAAAUCAACAAACCGUUUUGUCUGGUUUGAUCUUUUUAUUUUUUUAUAUAUCUUUUUUUCUUUAACCUGUGCACUUUUAUUAUAGUAUUAUAACUUUAUAUUAUUAACCUAGGAAAGGUUUAGUGCUAUGGUUUGUGAGUUAUUUAGUCAAGUAUACACAUAUAGGAAUAUAUUUCCUCCUAUAUGUUGUCUCUUUGUAUCAUCCAUAGAGACCAUUUACUCUCCUAAAGCCACACCGCAAACCACAGUCCUACUGUUAAGAUUCUGAGAAUUUGUCCAACUGAAUAAGCAUCCUUUUAUUGUUAUGUCUCAUAUUAUUAUUAUGCUGUUGGUUUGAUUUUAUGUUUGUUCUGCUGCCAUGUUCUAAACAAAAUCCAGGGUGAGCAAAUUCUGGGGUUUUCAUGUAUUUAUUAUUCCUAGGAAUAGUUCAAAGAUAACGCAGAGAAACUUGACGACACUCUGAUUCCAAAAAUGGUAAGAAGUUCUUGGGGGAAGAAACGGAGUGACAAAAUUAUUUAGGUUUUUCCAGCUUCUUACCAGGGUGUCACACUGAUAAGGGAUCACUGGCGCACAGAAUUCUCUGCAAGUGCAACGAUUAAAUUCCAAAUUGGAAUUGUUUCAUUCUCUCUUUGUUUAUCGUGCCAAAUCUUGGUACAUCAUUUAGGUUUGAAAAGAAUGAAGAAUCAGAAAGAAAGACAAGCCGUACAUCAGUGGGAAAGGUAUAGUUUGGGGCCGUGGCUUUCUGUCCUAGAGCUGCCCAGGAUUUGUUUUGGGUCUGUUUUGUUCUUCGUUCUGACCAGUCGUGCCUUUCAUUGUUUCAAGGGAGAAUCGUAGACUAGUGUUUUUUGUUUGUUUUUAGGUGAGGAGGUUUGGGUUUAAACCGACUUUGUGAGCAGCAAUAAAUGCAAAGAUGAGCCCUUUUUGCAGGGGUGAGAUGAUAGUUUUCAAAUUAGCUCAAUUCAAUUGAUAUUGUGUUGAAUUCUGCGGGUCAGUGAUCCUAACAGAAAAUUCAGGGGUAUUGAGAUUUUUUUUUUUUUUUAUCAAACUGGGAACCAAAAUAAAUCCCUUUGGCCUCCUAUUGAACAAAAUGUUACAAACACCACUACUGUGUUCUGGGUAGAUCAGUGUUCUAUUGAAACAUCUAGGUGAUCUCGAACUUUGUUUGGUUAAGGUAAUGUGCUAUCAAUAGUAUUGUUGGCAAAUGUGCAGGGAGCGCAUUUUGUCGUUUGUUUUGUCCAUUUUGAGUUUUUAAAUCGUAUUUUUUAUUCUUGAAUCUUUUUUUACAUCUUAUUAAAGCGUUGUGAUUUCAGGAAACAGAAAACAGAUUUUGCAUCAACAAGCUUGAAUUGUGCCAUUAUUGCCAAUGCUCGUUUGUUGAGGCGUAAAAAGUUAACAAUACGGUUGGGAAGCAAAAACAAAAUAAGAAAAUAAAGUGCAAUUUUAAUGCUGUUUUACAAGGAAAAUAAACGUUUUCUGUUUGCUGGAAGCAAUAGCACUGUGAUAAUACACUAGCUGUGUAAACUUUAUAUUGUCAUAUUGUGUUUCAGUAUUGAUCCAUAUUGAGUUUGAUACCUUUAUAUGAAAUAACGACUUCAUCUGUAUGUUGGUAUGUAUUUGAAUUGUUAUGCAGUACGGUAUUCUUCUCAAUAAUGUGCAUUAUGAUUAGUGGCAUAUCCAUUACAAUUUAAUGUCAUAUGCAUGUUCAUCAGUCAUGGGAACCUUUACACAGAAUCGAAAACAAACCUAUAACUUUGAAGAUGUUGAAAAAGUGAAAAAAUGAAAUGAUGAAAUAACUGAGUUUAGUCUAAUGUAAUACUGCUGAACUAAUCCUAUGAAGUUUUGUUUUCCUAUAGAGAAGUGGUAUGUCUGUGUAAAGGUAGUCAUACUGGAUAAAGACAAUAAAUGUGACUAAAAAGA